AUGCAUGAGAACAAUGUGUCUUAUGUCUUUCUUCUGGGAUUUCCAAAUCUUCACAGCUAUAAUAUUAUAUUGUUCUUGCUUCUACUCAUUAUUUACUGUUUCACCAUAUGCGGUAAUGUUAUUAUCAUUGCUUUAGUUUCAAUGAGCAAAACUCUCCAUUCUCCAAUGUAUUUCUUCAUCACACAGGUGUCUGUACUGGACAUUCUAAUGGCCACAAACAUUCUCCCUUAUUUGCUUCACAUUGUCCUACAUAAUGGUGGCACCAUGUCUCUUGAUGCCUGUAUAUCACAGUUUUAUGUGUUUGGUAUAUCAGAGUCAUCAGAAUGUUUUAUCCUCAUGGUGAUGUCUUAUGACCGAUAUCUGGCUAUCUGUAACCCACUGCGCUAUAACUCCUUAAUCAGCAAAGCAUUUUGUGGAAAAUCUGCCAUUCUAUCAUGGUCAUUAAGUGUAUUGCUUGUGGGAUUACAUAUUAUACGUAUAUACAAGUUAGACUUUUGUGGACCAAGUCUUGUUGACCAUUUCUUCUGUGAUUUCCCUCCUAUUCUAAAACUUUCUUGCUCAGAUACUUCACUGAUUCUAAUUCAAGCAGCUCUAAUUGGCAUAAUUAUUAUCACAUUCCCAUUCAUAAUGAUUAUUGUUUCUUAUGUGUUCAUCAUCACUACCAUCCUAAACAUCCGCUCCAUCAGCGGGAGGCAAAAAGCCUUCUCCACCUGCAGCUCCCACUUGACUGUUGUGUGUAUUUUUUUUGGGAUUCUCUUUUCUGUAUAUGUGAUUCCAAACAAAGAACACUUAUUGGAUACCAAUAAGAUAUUGUCAUUACUGUACACUGUGGUGAUACCUUUGCUUAAUCCAUUCAUCUACAGCCUGCGGAAUAAAGACUUCAAGAGAGCUUUUUUAAAAUGGAAAUUGAAUUACAAUUAA